GUAAAUCAGAGUUGUUGUAGCUUUCUCUCAAAGGCCAAGCCUUAAAAAAAUAAAACAAAAAGAGAUCUCUGAGUUAGUAUUCGCUUACAUUCAGUCAAGAACCUUUCCUUUCUAUUAUACUUGUUCUUCACCAUUUUUCAAGUUUAUCAGAUUCCAUAUAAGAUAAACAAAUUCUACAUUUCAGUUCCUUAUCAGCUGGCAUUGUGAUUUCUAUGGCCUAGUUUUUUUCUAGGUCAGAAAACACCUCAUGGUUGUACAUGUUGUUGCCUUGUUGCAGGGAGGGUGGCUGAUGCUAGAUGUAAUGAAAAAGGGCCUUGGAAUCUCAGGCUGUAAUUUCCAAGGCACAUUUCUGUUCUCCUUGAUUUCUUCAAACAAUAGCAUAAUUAAAUAGAUUGCUUCCCUUGUUUGAAACUGCCAAGAAUAGCUCAUUAAUAUAUUGAGUCUAAUGCUAUAUAUUUGCCUACCAAUGAUUCUCUCCUAGCCUUAUAUAUUUCUUGGGCAAAGAGAAGUAUGGGUCAUGAGGAACCCUCUUAUAUUUCCCACUAUCCAAGAUCAGAAGAAUAGAGCUGUCACCUAUUCAUUAGAAAGUGGGAUUUCAGUCAUAAAUUGAACGUGCCUUGAGUUUAAAACCUAGAUGUUCAAGGUGGAAUGAAGAAUCGUUGGACCUAUUUACAUGUAUAUAUCUUAAUUAAUUAAACUAUCAUUCCUUUUCCCACAUCUAUUUUCAGUAUGCCAUAAUUCACUGUAGGUUAAUUAAUCAGUUUUCUCUUAGGGUCUGAACUAGCAAAUUAUGGAUAGAAUUGGAGACAAACAAUUAUUUCAAAGAAAACGUACAGCAAGUAUAAAGAUAGUGCUGGGACUUGGUAGAUAAAAGGAGGACUGCAAAUAAAAUUAAGUGCUUCCUUCUCCCAGACUGUUAGAAGUUUGAUGCUACCAAUUAAAAUUUUUAAGGAAUUAAUGCUUUUUAUUUCUGUAUUGCAAUAUUAAAGAAUGGUCUGCUUGAUUUCAUUCUUUUUCAUAAAGUACAUCUCAUAAGAGGUCCUACAAAGCUAUUUGAGGUCAGGAACUCUGCUUAUUUUAAAUGUCAUGUAAGGUACAAAUGAUGAACCAUGUUGGCAGGCCAUUCUCCAUGUAAAGACUUUCCAUGAUUUGCUGACAUUACAAAGCUGUCGCAGUUUCAUCUCUAGGUUCCUUUGCUCUGAAUGUUGAGUAAGUGAGAUCCUCUAGCCAUAUAUGACUAUAAAAAUGAAAGAUGGGUAGUUUUACUUCUGAGUUUUCCUACUUCUGUUAUACAUGGCCUUCAGUCAACUUGCUUCUUUUCCUCUUUUACUGUGCAAUCUGAAGCAUAAAAAAUUAUGGCUAAUGGGUGGUUAGUAGCCUCAGGUCUCCUUGCUGCUUUGGAAGAAAUUGCAACAGAACUGGCAGGAAGGGGCAUCCCCACAACCUGCUCUGCAUGGUUUCUACAGAGUCUUCUGCCUGUUGGCCCUGUUUAACAUGAGAAGAAAAGCUUGUAGGUAAGAGAACUAGUUUUCCUUUCCACCUUUUAGUGUUGCAGCCUUCCAUGAUCCAUAACUGACUACCCUGGGAAGUGAUGCCUUUGGGGAAGCAGCCCAUGUAGACAUCCCAUUGCCUCACUGUGCUUAGGUGGCUCGGCUGUGUGUGAAUGUUCACGUUCAGUCAUUUCACGGUGUGCUGUUGUCCCGCUCGCUUUUUGUUGUACGUGGCUGGCUGACUGCUGUUCUUAUCAUCUGUGAUAGGCCAUAGAAGAGGGUACCCUAGAGGAGAUCGAAGAGGAGGUGCGUCAGAAGAAAUCCUCCCGCAAGCGCAAGAGAGACGUGGAUGUCAGUUCCUCAACCCCAACCACCAGCACUCGUAGCCGGGACAAAGACGAUGACAGCAAAAAGCAGAAAAAGCGAGGCCGGCCCCCUGCUGAGAAGCUCUCUCCAAAUCCACCCAACCUCACUAAGAAAAUGAAGAAGAUUGUGGAUGCUGUGAUUAAGUAUAAAGACAGCAGUGGACGUCAGCUUAGUGAAGUCUUCAUUCAACUGCCUUCUCGAAAAGAGCUUCCAGAAUAUUAUGAACUCAUUCGCAAACCAGUGGAUUUCAAGAAGAUAAAGGAGCGUAUCCGGAACCACAAAUAUCGCAGCCUAAAUGAUUUGGAGAAGGAUGUCAUGCUUCUAUGUCAGAAUGCUCAGACUUUCAAUCUUGAAGGAUCACUGAUUUAUGAAGACUCAAUUGUUCUGCAGUCUGUCUUUACUAGCGUGAGGCAAAAAAUUGAAAAAGAGGAAGACAGCGAGGGAGAAGAGAGUGAAGAGGAGGAAGAGGGAGAAGAGGAAGGAUCUGAAUCAGAAUCUCGUUCUGUCAAAGUGAAGAUUAAACUGGGCAGAAAGGAAAAAGUACCAGACCGAAUGAAAGGCCGCAGACGCACCAGCCGUGGGUCCCGGGCUAAACCCGUGGUUAGUGAUGAUGACAGCGAGGAAGAGCAAGAAGAGGAUCGCUCAGGAAGUGGCACAGAAGAUGACUAGGUGACAUUCCAUGAUGGAGACCUCAGGCAUCAGUUUUUCCAAAGCAGAGGUGCUCUAGUCCUUUAGCUGCAACGGGUAGAAAGAAAAGUAGUGUUGGAUGUGGGUAAACUGUAUAAAUUCUUCCAUAUUUAUACUGCAGUGAAGAUGUAGGACUUACUUGUGUCUUGCCUUGUCCUCACAUCAGUAGCGUUUGUAACAGCAUUAACUGUUGUUUUUUUUUAAAAAAAAAUUAUGACUGGGGGAACACUUGAUUUUUUUUAAAGGCAGUACUAUUUUCAGUUGCAGUAUUGAAUCACUGUAGUUUUAACCUGUGGGUGCAUGUGUGUAAGCAGUCCACUUCCUAGUACUGUAUUUUAUGAAACAGGUCAAACAGCCAGCUGCUCCCCCCAAAGCAAGGAGAGGGUGGCAGGGGUAACUGUGUCAGUGUCACUGGAUUUCAAGCAGUAAUAAAUUAAGCAAAACAAACAGUAAUAAAUUAAGCAAAACAAACAAACA